AUGCUUUCCCGGCACAUCCUGUGUACCAUUAUAGCAGGUUCUCAGGAGAUGGACCUGGACACGUUCUUAACGGCUGUGCGGGAAGGUGACGUGCAGACUGUGAGGAGGGGGCUGGCGGCUGGGGUGGACGUCAACGACUUCAGAUGGUUUGACUGGACACCCCUGCAUCUGGCCAGCGAGUACGGGCAGACUGAGGUAGCAAAGCUUCUGAUCCAAAAUGAGGCUAACCUGGAGGCGAGGGACAUGGGCCAGUCCACACCCCUUCAUAAAGCUGCUGCUGAGGGCCACACCGGGACUUGUGAGCUUCUGAUUCGUUCUGGGGCUGAUGUUAUGGUCCAGGAUGAGGUGAAACAUAGUUUAACUUGGACCAGUCCACACCCCUUCAUAAAGCUGCUGCUUGGGGCAGCACUGGGACUUGUGAGCUUCUGA